AUGCCACCAAUAAGAGAACAUGCAUCAGCUGAAUCAUCAAAGAAACAAAAACGUAAACAACCCAGCAUCUUAACCCGCGCUUCGCGAGUAGGCGUAACAAAUUUCAUUAAUGUCAUAAAGUCUCUACAUCCGGGAGAAUCGAUGACCUAUUUUCCUAUAACAAAGCAAACACUUCAGGAAUAUAUAGACAGCAAACGUAAAGCCUUGAUCAAAGCUGGUUCUCUGGAACAAUAUCUGCAACACAUACAAGCGUAUAACAUUGCUUUGGGCCACGGUUGGGAUGGAAGCGUAAUGGGUCCUAUAAUUAAACAAGCCUUGGAUGAAUUACGCGCAAGCGAAGAACAAGCGAUGGACACAAACAGGGCCGAGUAUGAGAAUUCAGGUCAGAAUUACGAUAACGCUCCUGAUACCGAUGUUGUUGGAAGUUUUAGUGGGGAGAUUGAUUUUGAUAGCCUACGUGGAAUCGAUGAUAGUGAUGCGCAGACAACUGCUUUUGAAGAUACGAUAUCUUCACAGGGUAAAUAUGCGAUAAUACGAAAAGAGCAUAGUAAUUACAAGAAGAAUAGCAAACAGGAGGAAACCACAUGGACAUUACCCGAGAAAAAUAAUCCAUAUGUUCUCCAGACGCUCUACUCUGCAAUAUCUGCUCUCCGCUUCCCGACGUCAUGGGGAGACGUAGACACUUCCCAAAUAAGUUAUCGAAUUGGAACCAGUUCUGAUGCUCAGCAUUUGGCAUUGACGGAUGACGCUGCGUUUCAUCGAUUUUGGGGUGCACUCAUAAACCAAUGGCAACAAAAAAAUGAGGGGGAAGAAAGCAAUACGGGAAUCGACAUAGAAGCGAACACAGGUUUAAACGAACAGAAUGAGGUUCAAUUGAUAGUUUACAGAAAACGGCAUACAGAAGUUGUUACCCAACCUCAUACAGAGUCAUUGUAUUCAUCUCCAAAGACACCCAGAGUACAAUUUGACAAGAUGACUGAUGAUGUCCCGAUUCUACGAUCGAUAACGGUCAAGUCCCACACAAAAAUCUAUAAACAAAAAGUCGCAAUAACCGAUACGACCACCUUCGCAGCUGUAAUUUCGUUUGCUAUUAAAUCUCCUCCACCGCCAGGUAAACAAUUUGUCAUCUGCGCCGCUGAUGGUUCGCUUGAAUAUAUGCCAGCAGAUGUGGUGAGAGAUGUCAUCGUUGACGUUGAGCACGCAGAAGUCUUGGUCUCUUUGGAAAACGCUAGAGAC